AAAAAAUCUUUAAUCUUUACCCCUUGUCGGUUAAAACAACCUGGCCAAGUAGAUUGUUGUUCAAGGAAAAAAAUCUUUAAUCUUUACCCUUGUCGGUUAAAACAACCUGGCCAUUUGACGUCUGCAAGUCCCAACUCCCCCAAGGACACAGAUUUUCCAUUUGUAUUGCACUCGCAGAAGAAGCAGAGCGGCGGAAUCAGAGAUCGUGCAGAGAGAGAGAGAGAGAGAUGGGUUCUCUUCAGGAGGAGGAGCGAUCGCUUUUGGAAGAUGGACUUAUUCAGAAAGAAGGUGACGGGCGGUACACUGGAGAUGGCUCAGUUGACAUUAAGGGGAAUCCUGUUCUGAAACAAAAUACUGGGAAUUGGAGAGCUUGCCCCUUCAUUCUAGGUACCGAAUGUUGCGAACGUUUGGCCUACUAUGGGAUUGCCACUAACCUGGUUACUUAUCUUACACACAAAUUGCACGAAGGAAACGUUUCUGCGGCAAGGAAUGUAACUACCUGGUCAGGCACUUGCUAUCUUACACCUCUGAUCGGGGCUGUCUUAGCAGAUGCUUAUUGGGGGAGAUAUUGGACAAUUGCUGUUUUCUCCAUCAUUUACUUCAUUGGGAUGGGUACUUUGACGCUCUCUGCAGCAGUUCCUGCAUUGAAGCCUCCACAAUGUGUGGAUUCGGUUUGUCCUUCCGCUUCUCCAGCACAGUAUGGAGUGUUCUUCCUUGGACUCUAUCUGAUUGCUCUGGGGACUGGUGGCAUCAAGCCAUGUGUUUCGUCCUUCGGGGCGGACCAGUUUGAUGAUACAGAUAAAAUGGAAAGAGUAAAGAAGGGAUCCUUCUUCAACUGGUUUUACUUUUCUAUCAACAUUGGUGCUCUAAUAUCGAGUUCUCUAAUAGUCUGGGUUCAAGACAAUGCUGGGUGGGGUUUAGGAUUUGGUAUACCUACAUUGUUUAUGGGCAUUGCUAUUUUUAGUUUCUUUUCAGGCACACCCCUAUAUAGAUUUCAGAAACCAGGGGGAAGCCCUGUUACAAGAAUGUGCCAGGUGUUGGUUGCAACAUUUCGUAAGUGGAAUUUGGACGUCCCUAAAGACAGUAGUCUCCUUUAUGAAACACAAGAUAAAGUCUCUGCCAUUAAAGGAAGUCGUAAGCUGGAGCACAGUGAUGAACUGACAUGUCUUGAUAAAGCUGCUGUGAUAUCAGAAACUGAGACCAAAACUGGGGACUUCUCCAAUCCAUGGAGGGUUUGUACUGUAACACAGGUGGAGGAGUUGAAAAUUUUAAUCCGCAUGUUUCCAAUCUGGGCUACUGGAAUUGUCUUUUCUGCCGUUUAUGCUCAAAUGUCAACUAUGUUUGUGGAGCAAGGGACGAUGAUGGACACAUCUAUUGGUGCUUUCACCAUUCCCCCAGCCUCCCUCUCAACAUUUGACGUCAUUAGUGUUAUUUUCUGGGUCCCCGUGUAUGACAGGUUUAUUGUCCCAAUUGCUAGGAGAUUUACUGGUAAAGAAAGGGGCUUCUCAGAGCUGCAACGGAUGGGUAUUGGUCUCUUUCUUUCAGUGCUAUGCAUGUCGGCUGCUGCUGUGGUAGAGAUUAACCGGUUGAAUCUUGCAAAGGAGCUUGAUUUGGUUGACAAAGAGGUAGCUGUACCGAUGACUAUCCUUUGGCAAAUACCACAGUAUUUCUUGUUGGGUGCUGCGGAGAUAUUCACAUUCAUUGGGCAGCUUGAGUUCUUCUACGACCAAUCUCCAGAUGCUAUGCGGAGUCUAUGCAGUGCAUUGUCGCUUCUGACGACUUCGUUGGGGAACUAUCUGAGCUCCUUGAUUCUAACAAUUGUAACGUACUUCUCAACAAAGGAUGGGAAGGCUGGAUGGAUACCGGAUAACUUAAACGGAGGUCAUCUGGAUUAUUUCUUCUGGCUCUUGGCCGGACUCAGCCUCUUGAAUAUGUUGGUGUACGUUGUCUGUGCCAAGAGGUACAAAAAGAAGAAGGCUUCUUAAGGCUUUCUCGAGGUGUCGCCUUCGGCACACCCUCAAAACUGCAAACAGAAGAAACUGAAGAAGUGUUAGUAAUGCUUUUCUGAUUUGAUGACGAUGAACCCCUAUGUAUAAAUCACCCUGUUACUGGUAAUUUGUAAACAGAAGCUACAAGCUCUGCAUUUUCCUUCAAACAAAGUCAUUUGGGAUUAUAAAGAAAUGUGUGUUAUUCGCAA